ACAAAAACUGAUUUCUAAAGUGUUGUUUUUAGAGUCCCUUAAGUGUUUCUUUUAGUACAGACAAAAGUUUCCCCCUCAUAUUUUCUUAUAACCAUAAUUGAGUUUUGAACUUGAGCUCAAACAUUAUUAUAUAUUUUUUAGUGAAUAUAAUUUUUACAUUCUUGCUAAAUAAUUUUUUUUUUGAAGCUUUAAAGGUUCUUUUUAAUGCUAAGUUCUGUAGUUUACACACUAAGAAAACCUUCUAUAAUGUGAAGCCCCGUCCCAGCAGGAUGAUUAGCUGCAGAUUAGGCAGAAGACGCAGCUUAGUGUGACUUAAACUCACUGCUUUCUCCUUCUGUUGUGCUGCUACCAAAAGCAUGAGCACAUUUUCUGCAGGAAGUGAUGGCAGCAAAAGAUGAUCACCAUGUUGUUCAACCUGCUGCUCGUGCUGACGUUCUUCCAGAGAGGGAUUUCUCAGCUGCCUGACUGGAACUCAGAACUGGAGGUUAGCGGUGAGACAGAAUGGACUCCCCAGCCGGAGUUCACAGAUGACACGUACUGGUCGGGGUCAGCGCCUCUUUGUGUUGGAGGCUGUAAGGCGCGUCACCAGGAAGUGAGGAGAGACCGCUGUGGGAACUCCAGCUGCUGCUGGCUCGGCUAUAAGUCUCUGUGCAGAGGUCUGUUUCCAUCAACAGGUACAGACGGAGGUGCUAAUACUUCACCACAAAAGCAGUUCUCCUCCCUGUGUGCAUCAGUGAACUGUGGACGGCCUGCUGUGGACUACAACGGAGUGCUGUAUGGCAAUGACUGGUGGGUGGGCUCUGUGGUCAGGUACACCUGUCGCUCUGGCUUCAUGCUGGUGGGAAACCCAACCAGCUUGUGCCAGCCGGACGGUCUCUGGACCCCCAAACCCAGCUGCCUGCGAAUGUGUCAGAGGGGGAGCAUUGAAGUCAGUGAAAGGGAGCUGAACGGGACGUGUAACUCCACCUGCGCUGAUAAAAGCUACUUCGGUCCACCCAAACUAGGAUGCAGUCGGAUCGACAACUGUAAAAAGAAGGAGAGCGGCUGGAAGCGCUUCUUUGCUCAGUGUGUCCCAUGCAUUUGUGACUGCUCUCUGUCAUGUGUGUCUGCAAGGGGAAGGCUAUUGAUGCCCUGGAAGAAAAGACGCAGACUGUUUUGAAUGCUUCCUCCAGCUGUGAGGACAAAACUAACAACCAACAAAUAAUAACUUUAAGACUUUCUGCACGGCAAAAGUUAAAUCUUAAGAAGGUGUAAAGAUGUAAAAAAAAAUGUCUUAUUUUCUGUUUUGCAAGAAAAAUUUCCUUAUUGAGAAAGUUUUUCAAUAGCAAACUAAUCUUUGAUUAAGAGAACGUGUCUUGGUGACUAGAAUAUUUUUCUUAAAAUAAAAGUUAUUGGUACAAUCAUCUUUCUGAUUCCACUGGCAGAUUCAUUUCUAUAUGUAUUUUGCCUAUUUGACAUUUUUUUUAACGUAUUUUCAACUUAUUUCUCUUGU